AAUGCGUCACUUCCGUGUUUUUCCGGAAGUGGAUAUGGCUAACUGCAGCAAUAGAGGAGACGAGAGAAUGAGAGAUUCUGCUGGAAAUGUCUCAGGAACAGACCUGUUGCUUCACCCAGAACUUCUGUCUCGGGAUUUUCUCAAACUCGUCUUACACGAGAAAAAGAUAAAGACAGAUGACACUGAAGACCCUGACCAUCUCACUAAGAUAUAUAUUCAGCAUGUCAUCCCACUCCCACAGCGAGAACUCCCCAAUAACAGGUGGGGGAAAAGAGUGGAGAAGACAAAUCCACGCCAGAGACUGACCACUGCACACAGCUCGAGCACUGAUAGUGGCAGGAAGCGGCCCUUGAUCGUGUUUGAUGGCAGUUCCACCAAUACUGGCAGCAUUAAACUAAAGAAAGCUGAUGAUGUGCUAGUUACAGAUCCCUUAAAGUCCCCACCUUCCAACAUCAAUCUCAGUAAUCCUAUACGUAAACUUUCAGGGUCCUCCACAAACUCAUCCUCCUCCCGGGCUUCAACGGGAAGUGUAAGGAGUCCUACAGGAAAUGGCAGCCCGAAUAGCUCUUCAGCUCCGAAUCCAGUACAUUCUAACUGCUUGAGCACAAAACUAAAGCGAGGAGCAUCCAGUUCAGGAGUGCCUGAAAGCCCUGAGCUCAAGUCACCUGAGGCGAAAAAGAAGAUUCAACAUGUCACAUGGCCAUGAUUUCCUAUCAGAAGUGCUAACAGGAAGAAGUGCCUUUAGGGGGCUUCUGAUGUGUGUAUCUCGCUCGGCCAUGUGUCCUGUAGAAGGAAACGGCCAUAUUGGGGAAUAUGAACUUGUGCAUCUGAAUACGGAUGUGCACUGUUCCACUGUCCCACCUGCUGGUUCAGAUGUCAGAUGUCCUCAUAGACGUGCCAACAGAGUGUUAAGACUUCCCUCGUGACACCUUUGACUGGUGUUAUAUAUGCAGGUUUAAAAGACGACAAGGACGGCUCUCUUUUAAACACUGUAAAAAUGUCAUUUUUACUUGAAUAAAUAAUGAUCUGUU